CUGUUUUCUCAGCGAUUGUGCGGAUAUUAGCGUGGAAUAUGCAACAUAGCGCUAAUCACUGCCAAACGGUAUUACUGUUAUUUCUAAUUGAAAGUGGUUAUACGAGUAUCGUUGUUUCUAAUAUAUGAGAUAACUGAUGAAGUCAGGUUAGUUAUGUUAACUGAUUGUUUAUUACUACCGUCAAAAUGGAGAAUACUGUUUAUUAAACAAAUAUCAACAACUUUCAAAGAGAUACCGAUAAGAGUUCGUGCGGAAUAAAAAUCAUUCUCCAAGACCUAUCAACAAUGACAUCAAAUAUCACAAACAAAUCUUCACUUGAGCUGCAGACUCCCGGGAGGAAUCUUUCUCGUUACGAUGGCAACAAUACCAUUAUCACAGAUGGCCCAUUCUUCGACCAAAUGAACAAGGAACAAAUGGAAAUAUUUAUUUACCCAUUUGUGCUCGUUAUAAUAUACAUGGUAGUUGGGUUUAUCGGAAAUUCUAUAGUUAUCUACAUUUUCACCGCGAAAUGGAAGCUUACCAAGACAACAGUAUUCAUCCUCACUCUCGCGGGAGUUGAUCUGAUGUCUUGCCUUAUAAACAUGCCGACAGAGGCAGCCAUUCUAUGGAAUCCAAUCAGUUUUGAUAACGAUAUUAUAUGCAAAAUAUCUCGCUUCACGACCUUCAUAGCGUCCGUGUCUUCGUCAUUUGUCUUAGUAGCAAUUUCAAUAGAUCGCUAUUUGAUGGUAUGUAGACCGUUUCUAGGGAGAGAGCUGGAUGUCAAAUACGCCAAAAAGACCUGCUUUGUGGCUGUUCUGUUAGGACUUGUGACCACUUGGCCUUCAUUGAUAUUCUAUGGCACGUUCACAUACCAUGAUAAAGUAGUAAAUUCUUACACAAAUGAAUUGGUUACUAUUGAAACGAAAACCUGCCUCAUAUCCAAUUUCUAUGUUGAAAAUUAUAAACUGCCCGCUGGGUUUUACUUCUUUCUGUUUGGUGGACAUGUUAUAAUGUUUGUAAUACUGACCAUGUUGUACCUGCUAAUUGGACGGAGUCUAUUCAUGUCAACGGAUGGUGGGAAAGUAACACAAGAAAAGCGCCACAGUUUGAAGUACUUUGGCUUAAGCAUAGUGUCAGCAUUUACUGGCACCGUGCCCAACAGCCCGAAUGACAAUCGAGACAAGUUGAGCUUCGGAGGUCGAGGAUCACGGGCAGUUUCAUUGGAAAAUAUCAACAGAAUUGAACCAGGCCCCCGACUACCAAGUCCUACCCAAAGGAGAAGCACAGAUACUUCAACGACUGUUUUAGUAAAUGACAAUACCACACCACAACCCAAAACUGGUAUGGAUCAAUUCACUAAAAAUGAUAAUGAUAUGAAUAGUAAGCAAACUAAGGAAGGUAAUCAGACACCAGAAACAAGAUCAAACGAUUGCCUUAUUAAGCUAGACAACGGGGAAGUUAAUAGCCACCUAGCGAACAAUAGGGACAGUAGUGGUACGAAUGUUAGCGUGUCGACUUCAGAUGACAGUAGAGAUACAAUUGCUAAUGAGGCUUCCUCAAAAAGAAUGUCUGCCAAGCUUAGAUUGGACAUGGACAAAGUCUUAAAAGGAAACCGUUUUAAUAAUAGUGCUAAUGGCCGAUUGACAUCGGGGUCAACUGCGAGCUCUCUCACUCUGACCCCAUUGUCAACUACGACACCAGAUAGUGUUAGAGCUAUUUUAUACAGGAGCCAGAGUGUGGAAAGUAGAGCACGGUUAAACCGAAUUAUCGCGGACGAAUUGAGGCACUCCGAGGUGAAAGAGUUCAGUUUGCGGAGUAAUACAUUAAUGAUGCGGAUGGUCACAAUUGCGUUUGUUAUCAGUUUCUUUCCAUAUUUAGUGAUCGUGACCCUCAGAUAUUCAAAUCCUGAUAUUCCAAACAAACUAGGCAUAGCGGAGCAAAUUGCUUAUCACGUGUUCUUAAGGACUUAUUUUAUAAAUUCCAUGAUUAACCCUUUUAUCUACGGGUUCAUGAAUAUGGAAUUUAGAGCGAAAUUGAAAGAACUGUUUUGUGCGUUUUGUACAAAGUACAGUUUUCGAUCUCCAGUGAAUAUGUGAUAAUUACCAUGAUGCUUCUAACUAUUCCAACAGUCUGUUAAGUUGGCAUGCUUCCUAAAUGCUAUGUCGAUAGGCUUGAUUUAUUGUAACAUACUUUUUAACGAGAGAGUAAUUACCGAAGCAGUUAAAUUGAAUGCCUCAUUGUGCAAAUGCAUCUUUGUGUUUGAUAGAAGUUUUGCAGAUUUUCAGAUGAAAAUAAACAACUGUAUUUAUGGGCGUGCGUUUAAUUAUCUAAUCAUUUUAUGACAUGAAACGCUUCUAUUCGUGAAUCACUAACAUUGUUCGCAUAUUGAAAGUGCUAUAUUUACUAAAUUGAAUCACAUGCGACUGUUUACCCUGUAUUGUGAUGCGUUGUUAGUUGCAUAAAAUAUUGAAAUCAU